UGAAAGGCACAGUACUCAGGGUUGCAGGAUGGGAUACGCCUAGACCGGUCGCCUCGAAGCCACCUCGGACAAGUAGUCGGGCUAAAGGCUCCAGCCAUAACCUACAAUUACUACUACACUGAUAACAUACAGAAGGCAAAGUUAGGCAAGAGCGAGACCAACCUGCACCUUGCCGACAUGGCUCCUUCCUUCUGUCCAGAGGUUGACUAUGUCCUCUCACCGUUCGAUUGGACCACGCUACCCCUCCAACCAGAGCAGAUAAAUAUCGGAGUUGACAGGAUACUAUCGGAAGAGUCUAGAACCAAGGACUGAGCAGCAGCUGAGUUUACAACAUCUUCUACAGUGUUCGGCCUCGUGUAAAAUAUCAGCUUAACCCCCAUGUGAGUCCCGAAACAGCUGUUUUCCUCUUUGGAAUACACAUCCUGCCCUAUGGUUGUUUGCUUAGUGACUUAAUCUUCUCUAGAUUCUCUUGCUUGCUCCCGCUACUCACAAUGUCCUCUCAUUAUUCUCCUAUUCCCAACCGUGAACAUGCCGCCCAUGGUUUCGUCGGCCAACCUUUGCCGACUACAAGAGGGUUGAAAGUGUCGUUAAUCAUCAUCUUCCUUUUUUAUGGGGUGCUUGGCGGGGUAGGAAUCUGGUUUGCCGGCACAGCCGGCAGAAGUUGGGAUGGGGAUACCGAAAACCUGACGACUGUGCUUGCCAUUCUUGGUGCCAUAUUCAGUUACGGGGCUCGAGAGUUACAGUCGAAAUGUCAAACAGCACGUAUGCAAUAUUUGGUGGGGAAGGGGGCUGCCGAGGCAGUGUCACUGAAAGACAUCCAUGAGAUGGACAUGGCAAUCCGUGGGCCAAGCGCUCAGAUACUAUCCACCGGGUUGUCGCCAAUGUUUUACAGACUCUUGUUCCCCAUCCUCGCGAUUCUGAUGUCUGCAGUAUUCAAGAAGGCUCUGACUACCGCCCUGCAAGCUUCCCAGGUGGUACUUGAUGCCAAAGCCUCGACAUUGCUGGACCCUGUUGAUGUGGGCAAUGGUAUUCGAGGCUCUUCGUGGCCCGGAGCAAUUCUGUACAAUAGCACCUCGAGCCUAGGAAGUGGAUUCAACCCUGCACAGAGCGCAUGGACAUACAUCGUUGCGAAUAGAAGCGACGCCUCCGGCGUCGACACUGUUGAGUACUUGAUGCCCUGCAUGCCUGCUUUGGUUGCUUCAGGCUCGGCUGGUUACCUCAACGCCUCGAUUACCGAUGUUCCUAUGCUAUCUGUCACAGUCAGGUGUGGCCCGACGUACCAGGUCCUCACUGGGGGCGAAGGCUCCAUCCAAAACAGCAACAAUGCCAUCGAGCUUUUCGGCCUCCUGGAUGGAACUGCGCUCAUCCAGAUAAGUACAGGUACGGAUACCGCGUGGCAGUGCACCGCAGCACUUGGAACUACAACCGGCUCAGCUUUCUAUGUAUCAGACAUGAGUGGAAACUGGAACUACUCCUCCACCGUAACGGAUUCGGUCGAUCUGUAGCUUUUAUGACCACACCAGCCAGAUGGAAUAUGAUGGCGGACAUUAUUUCUGACGCCUUGGGAACUACCGCUGGCUACUCCGGCUGGGACUGGAACACAUCAACC